AAUGAGAGCCAGCAUUAGCUAAACUUUGCCAAAUUAGUUGGUAUAUAAAAUAUAUAUUAACAUGUAUGCGUUACAUAGGGUAUGGCUUGCAGUAACAAGACAGGAAGAGGAUGAGUUUAAACACAGCAAAGUCCAAAGUUGCAGCCCUGAUGCAAUACCCAACCAAGACGGCCAUCUUUAGCACAAAUCUUUAUUCAUUCUUUAAAAAAAAAAAAAAAAAAGGCCAUCAUGUGGUCACAUGACAGGAAAACAAGCAUACAGCGCAAUGCCACACUGGUUGCGUUGGUUCCGAGCCAUCUUGAUGUAGCCCUCGUCGCCAUAACGGACACCCCAGCUGCAGUUGAAAGCAUACAUGAAGUACAUGAUUUAACCACCUUGGAAACAUGUCAAUGAGACCUAUUCUUGACCAGCCAGUAGUCGCUCCCCUUUUCUGUGCCGUAGCCCACAGCUAGCACACCGUGGUUGACUUUGUGUGUGCACGUGUUGUCCUGGUACACACCUGGACAGCAAAAAAAAAAAAAAAGUCAAAUUAAAAAGUCAGGUCAACGUAAACACUGUUCAACUCACCGUGACGGUAAAAAUGGAAUUUGGGUCGUGAAGCGUCCACGGCGACAGAAAUGGGCCCAACGGUUGCCAAAGCCAUCUUUAGUGCCUUUUCAUUCCCCUUUGGGAUGUACACGUAACCUGAGCAGUUUGCAGCACGGUCCUGUGCCUUAUACUUGCAUUGACCACGCUGAAAGACAUUUGAAUUCAUUAAAAAAAACUAAAGUAAUAAAAUUUUCAGAAAGGGAUAAAAAGUUCUACAAAAUCCUAAACUUGUCCAAUUUUGUGGUAAACCAUUCCCCAUAUCCACAAUCCUUAUGAGAUUAAGCCUUCACUUUUCUGUGCAUUCCAAACGAUAUGAAAACAGCUUACCUUUCCCUGGUAAGGAUAGGUCAUGUCAGAGUCGAUGCCUUUGUUCUGAUUGACAUACUUAAAAGCAUUUGCCAUGAAGCCGCCAUGGCACCCGUGGUUGCCAUACUCAAGGGAACAAUCCACCAGGUUCUGAGGACUCAAGGACUUCAGGACCCCCGUUGUCUUCUUCAGUUGACCUUCAAGAGCUCCCACGGCACUGAAGGCCCAGCAGGACCCACAAGGACCCUACAGAGGAGUUUGUUUACGCUCUACCACCAAGGAGACUUUCCAUGGCGCUUACCUGCAUCUUGACCUCAGUGACCAGGCCUCUUUCCCUCCAGUCCAGUGAUGGCGGAAGCCGAUUGCUUUUGUCCCAGUUGAAGUUAAAACGAUAUCUUUCCAGGUCUGUGGGAAUGAUGGUGCCAGCGAGGGUGCCGCUGAUCUCCUCUCUGGUCUGCAACGUGAUAAGAUCAUAUCAGAGUAUAUUGUGGAUCAUGCUUAGCUUGUCUCUCACCAGGUCUCCCAGGUGGUUCAUGGCCAGCUCGAAAGUGUGCAAGCCCAGGGAGGUUUCCAGGUUGUGGACGUUUAUCAUCUGCAGGUUCUCUUCCCAGAUCUGCCUGCGACCAGACUCCUCCACCUAAAAAACAUUAUAAAGCUCUAUCACUCCUCAUUCCUACUAAGACACAGUUCCUAGUAGUAAAGGCCACCAUCCAGGCUAGAUUUUGGACAAUGCACCAUUGUGACACAUCUGAGACUUAGUGGUUAAAACUGGUAGAAGAAAAUACAAGCUGGGACCAUUAAGCUAAUAAGGACAUCAAAAUGCGUAUGGCUUUGUACCUGAUGAGAGUAAAACUUAUUAUGCAUCUUCUUCCACAUCUCCCAGUGAUCAUCCAGAGCCGGACUGAUGUCGGCCUCUGCUAAUCCCCACAAGAUGGCGAACAGCAGGCUCCGAAACAUUUCAAGAUCUACAAGAACAAAGCCGUAAAGAGAUGGAUAGACAGCAACGUGACAUUCACGACCACAGCCACUGGUCUCACAGCGGCCUGCAGCUCUGCCUCGGCUUCCCGUGGGAGCCCGCAGAUGCUGGAGCAGCGGCCCACCUUUCCCCUCGUCAUAGCUACAUCGCCCAUCCUGCAAACAUCCAAACAGAAUCUGAAGCUGGAAGCAACGCAAAGAAAGUGCAUUAUGCUUGAAGAGAAGAUGGAGCUUCCAGGAACUAUCCCAGCUGUCACCACAACAACCAAACGACGAAACAGUACACUGACAAUAAAGACGACCAUUGUCGUGCAACGUGCCGAGCUUCCACUCACCGCCCCCCACCCCCCACCUCCCCACGAAUCCGGGCUUGGACGGAGAACGGCUGAUGAGAUCGGGUUCCCUGGAGGUAGCAGAUGGCUCAGUUCCUGACUCAGUGCCGCGUCUCUUCUUCUGUGGUGACGGCACAUGUACAACAACCAUUCAGAACCGUGAUGAAAAACACUCAACAUUGAGGAUGAGUAGAACAAUAGACAGGUAUGUUUGAAGAAAAUGGUUUAUUUAUUCUUUAUUUUAACUAUCUCAGGUAAGAAGAUUAUGUUUCCAUCACAGUUUCUUUGUUUUGGAGCAGGACUAGCCUAAAGAAAUAGUUACAAUUUUGCGGACAUUGGUGUAGAUCAGGACAAAGGUGCAGAGGCAGGACAUUUUAUCACACUUUCAUUUUCAUUGCAAGCCAUUUUUUGGAUUUUUUAUGGCAAUGCCGGUCAUUUCCUGCACCGUCACCUGUUACCCUUCAGCGUCAUCAAGCUGAAAGCACUUCCUGCUUUUCCAAAAAUGCCAAUGCGGAGAUUCUCUUCCAUCUGCCGCCGCCCCUGACUCCCAGCAUUUGGCUGACCUGCGCCUGCCUCCUUGCGUCCAGCCUUGGACCGAGGCCACCAGGCAGCACAUAUAAUCCCCCAGCAUGCACUCUGCUCCCUGCACCAGGUUCCCACCGCCGUCAAUGUUGUUGUUGUUGCCAUGAGGAUGCAAUACCAAUGCAAUACCAAACAUCCUGGCGGGUCACGAGCUUCAUUUUUAAGCUGCCGAAGGUACUUUUGAGUCUUUUUUUUGUGUGACUUUACUUUAUUGAAAGAAAAGCACAUCCUGUAAAUGUAAUUUUUUUUAUCCAGAAAAUGGAGCGAUGACAAUGAAAGCGCAUGACAACUGUUUUUUCUGUUCCUUGGACAAAACUCCCCAUUAAACUGCUGCCUGGUUAUGAAAAUCUACUUCCUGUUAUCUAAGAGACGUCUCCCAUGCAGGCAGCCCACCAUCACAGACUACGUUUGGGGGCUUUCUGCGUGUUGGCAGCCGGCAUGGUGUUAACGUCAGAAGCUCCGCCUCCACCGUCACCAUCGUGUCCUCGCUCUUGCGGCUGCGACGUGACCACACGGCGGGUCAACUGCUCUUACGGCCGACUCUGCGCUGUUCCCGAACAUCUGCCUCCUGAUGCCACUCAACUGAACCUGAGCCACAACGCCAUCAGGACUCUGGCGCCUCAGCGAUUCCGCACUCUGACGCGACUUUUAGGCUUGGAUUUGAGCGACAACCUGCUUGCGUACAUCGAGGCAGACGCCUUCCUCGGGUUGAAGAGCCUCAUCAAUCUGCACCUCGCUCGUAAUUUCCUGAAGGUUCUUCCCGUCGGAGCUUUUUCCGGCUUGCCAGAGCUCCAACUGCUAGACGUGAGCAGCAAUGAGCUCCUGGGCUUCCUUGAUUUCACCUUUCAAAACGUGACCAGGCUGCGUGUGAUGAAAGCCCUGCAAAACGAUCUGGUGUUCAUCUCUCGCCAGGCCUUCGCUGGCCUAAGCAGCCUGCGCCAGCUCCACCUGGACGCCUGCAACGUGACUUUGGUGCCCACGGAGGCGCUGGCACAUGUUGGUGGACUGACGAGCUUGUAUUUGCACCGUCUUGGCUCCAGCACGUUGCCAAGCUAUGCUUUCAUUGGCUUGGUGCUCCUCAAGCAGCUCGUCAUCUCUGAUUGGCUGAGACUGGAGACGCUGUCAGCAAACAGCCUCAUUGGCCUCAAUCUGACAUCCCUCACUAUAAGAAGAUGCAACCUCAGCACCGUCCCUUACGUCCCUUUGCACCAUCUAGUCUAUCUUGUCCACCUUGACCUCUCUUAUAACCCUAUCACUUACAUCCAUGCCAACCAGCUCGGCGACCUCCUCAGGCUCCAAGAGCUCCAUCUCGUUGGAGGAGGUCUUCUGCACGUUGAACUCAUGGCUUUUGCUGGUUUGACAAAUCUGAAGCUCCUCAAUGUGUCAGGAAACCUUCUGAGCACACUCCAGGACGGCGUCUUUCAUUCCGUGGAUGCCCUCCAACAUUUAGGCCUGGAUGCCAACCCCCUUUCCUGCGACUGCCGCCUGCUGUGGCUGGUCCACCGACGCUCCUCUCUCGGCCUUGGUGGACGUGCUCCAGUGUGCACCACUCUCCAGUCACACCAUUGGUGGAAUUUUCUGGAGCACUCCGAAGCGGAAGUCCUGCUCACAUGUCGGCCGCCUCGUAUCCAAAGACGCCAACCCCAGCAGGUGAGGGUGGAUCAGGGCCACACGGUCGUCAUCUACUGCUAUGCGGAAGGUGACCCUGCGCCAUCUGUCACAUGGUUGAGCCCACAGCGUAGAGCGUUGAGCGAUGUGGGCAGGAUACGAGCCCUUGCCAACGGCUCACUGGAGGUCCGCUAUGCUCAGCCUCAGGACAGCGGUACUUAUCGCUGCGUGGCGUCCAAUGUGGCGGGAAACGACACUUGGCCAGUCAGCCUCCAAGUCCGAGGAUUCUCCUCAUCUUCAAAUCCCUUUCAUCUUAAAAGCUGGCUGGUCUUCCCAUCUACCUCUCCAGGACGUGCAAGCGGCCCACAGGAGCUCCCUAUUGACAUCAAGACGCUGCUUAUCGCCGCGUCCAUUGGCGUCCUGUCAUUUGUCAGCUCGGUGAGCGUGUGUUUUGUCUUCAUCUUCCUGUGGAGUAAGGGCAAGGGGCAGAUAAAGCACACUGCCACCAUUGCAUAUGUGCCACGGAGCGCCGUGGCAAGCAGUAAUGGCGGCGCGGGCAACUACAUGGAGACCAGCAGGUUUACCAUGAAACUGAUGUAAAGACAAGAGUCAUUGUAAAAAGUUUAAAAGGAAUAAAAAGCCAUCAAUAUUUGGUUAUCACUAAUGCAGAAUGAAAUGAAAACAACCUAUUUAGUUCAUUCUGGUAAAUACUAACAAUGUUCCUCCCUGAGCAAAUUGCAGCCAGUGAAGUUAUAUCAAGUCUUAUAAGAGUAUUUUGAGAGAAUGUGUAUUUAACCUUAUAUUAAGGUUAGUUGCUACGUUAUCAUUUCACUCCACAUAAUUUUAUUGUAUUUUUCUGUGUUCCCA